AUGUCUUUCAAAAUUGCCGCCGCAGCCGCUCUGGCUACUCUCGCCUCUACCGUCUCUGCUCACGGUCACUUGCAGAGCAUUGGUGCCUCUGGUACCGUCUAUGCUGGCUUCAACAACUCCAUCCUGUACUCGAACACCAAGCCUGACCUCAUUGCCUGGUCUGAUACCGUCAAGGACAACGGUUACGUCUCUGACUACUCUAGCCCUGACAUGAUCUGUCACGCUGGUUCUGGUAACGCCAAGCUCUCUGCUCCCGUCAAUGGUGGCGAUACCGUCACCUUCAACUGGGACACUUGGCCGACAUCCCACAAGGGUCCCGUCAUCACUUACCUCGCCAAGUGCGAUGGUGACUGUGCCGACGCCGACAAGACCAGCCUCAAAUGGUUCAAGAUUGAUGCUGUCGGUCUCAUCUCUGGAGACAGCAAGUCAGGCACCUGGGCUUCUGACAAGCUGAUUUCCGAUCAGUUCAAAUGGGAUGUCAAGAUUCCCGACAGCAUCGCCUCCGGUAACUAUGUUGCUCGUCACGAGAUCAUCGCUCUUCACAGCGCCAACAACGUUGGUGGUGCCCAGAACUACCCCCAGUGCAUCAACCUUGAGGUGAAGAGCUCUGGUUCCGAUAUCCCCGAGGGUGUCGUUGGUACCUCUCUCUACACUGCUCAGGACAAGGGUAUCUAUGUUAACAUCUACUACCCUGGCUUCCAGCCCGAUGAGUACGACAUGCCUGGCCCUGCUCUCUACAGUGCUGGCUCUGGCUCUGCUCCUGAAUCAUCGGCUGCCGCUUCGUCUGCUCCCGCAUCAUCGUAUGUUGAGGCCACCUCGACCUGGGCUUCCUCUGCCGAGACUACCUGGACUUCUUCGGCCGAGGCCACCUCGACCUGGGCUCCUUCUUCGGCUGAGGCUACCUCUACCUGGGCUCCUUCUUCGGCUACCUGGGCCGCCUCUUCGUCAAGCGCUGCUCCUAUCACUACUCAGGCUGCCGUUGUCACUUCGUCUGCUGCCGCAGGUGGUGAUGGUUACGUUGUUACGACUUACGAGACAGAUGUCGUUACCCAGUCAACCGCCGUCACCGUCACAGAGGGAGCUUCUCCUACUGCUGCUGUCAAAGUCCCAGUUCCUGACGCCGCCUCUGCCAUCCCCUCUGAGAUUCUGACCAGCACCAUCUCGGCCGGUGUCCCCACUGGCACUGCUUCGGCCGGUGUCGCCAAGCCCACCAAGGCUCUCCCUGAGGGCACUACCCUUGAGGACCUCCUCUCAUGGGUCGAGUACCUCUUCGCUGAGAACGCCUCCAAGGCUGCCACCAAGCACCGCCGCCACGCUCGUGCUUUCCACCACUAA